GCUUGGCAGCGUCUCGCGGCGGUAGCAGCAGCAGCAGCAGCAGCUGCGGCACCAGCAGCAGCAGCGCCAGGGACGAGCCCGCCGCUUCCCUCCUGCCGCAACCGCGCUAGCGCCCGCCGCGCAGCCACAGCCGUGCUCCGUCUCUCCUCCCGGCCCUGCCGGUCCCUGCUCCACCUCCUCCUGUGUCGGCGGCGGGAGCAUCGCCGUCCCUCCUUCUCUGCCCUGCUCCUCUCGCGUCUGCUUCCUCGGCGUCUCCCAUGGCGGCCCCGGGCAACAUCGUGUCCGUUAUGGCCAGCAAGACCAAGACCAAGAAGAAGCAUUUCGUGGCCCAGAAAGUCAAGCUCUUCCGGGCCAGCGACCCGCUGCUCAGCGUCCUCAUGUGGGGGGUGAACCACUCGAUCAAUGAACUGAGCCAUGUUCAGAUCCCUGUUAUGUUGAUGCCAGAUGACUUCAAAGCAUAUUCCAAGAUAAAAGUGGACAAUCACCUUUUCAACAAAGAAAAUAUGCCAAGCCAUUUCAAAUUCAAAGAAUAUUGUCCAAUGGUUUUUCGUAAUCUGCGAGAGAGAUUUGCAAUUGAUGAUCAGGAUUUUCAGAAUUCUCUGACAAGAAGUUGUCCCCUUGCUAAUGAUUCCCAAGCACGGAGUGGCGCCCGAUUUCACACCUCUUACGACAAAAGAUACGUCAUCAAAACCAUAACAAGUGAAGAUGUAGCAGAAAUGCACAAUAUACUGAAGAAAUAUCACCAGUUUAUAGUGGAGUGUCAUGGCAACACACUACUUCCUCAGUUUUUGGGAAUGUACCGGCUUACUGUUGAUGGAGUCGAAGUAUAUAUGAUUGUUACAAGGAAUGUAUUCAGCCACCGUUUAUCUGUUUAUAGAAAAUAUGAUUUAAAGGGGUCUACAGUUGCGAGAGAAGCCAGCGACAAGGAAAAGGCCAAAGAACUGCCGACAUUCAAAGACAACGACUUCAUCAACGAUGGCCAGAAGAUUUAUAUUGAUGAAACGAACAAAAAGAUGUUCCUUGAAAAGCUUAAAAAGGAUGUUGAGUUCCUUGCUCAGUUGAAACUCAUGGACUACAGCUUGCUGGUUGGAAUUCAUGAUGUUGAAAGAGCAGAACAGGAGGAGGUUGAAUACGAAGAGAACGAUGAAGAGGAAGGAGAAAGCGAUGGGGCUCAUCCUGUUGGAACGCCUCCAGAUAGCCCAGGAAAUACACUCAACAGCUUGCAGCCUUUAGCUCCAGGAGAAUUCGAUCCAACCAUUGAUGUUUAUGGAAUAAAAUGCCAUGAAAAUGCACCCAGGAAGGAGGUAUACUUUAUGGCAAUCAUUGAUAUUCUUACUCAUUACGAUGCAAAAAAGAAAGCUGCCCAUGCUGCAAAAACCGUCAAACACGGCGCUGGUGCAGAGAUUUCAACAGUGAAUCCCGAACAGUAUUCAAAGCGGUUCUUGGACUUUAUUGCCAACAUCUUGACGUAACCUAAUGUUCCAUUGGACAGAUACGAGGUCUGGGAACAGCAGCAAUGGCUACAAGUGUGUAAGGGAUAAAAAGCUUCUUUUAAAAGGAACUCUCAAAGUGCUAUCUUGCAGAAGGCAGCCCCCUUGUUUACAUCUGCUGGCAAAGAUGACUGACUGGGGUGAAAUACUCGCUUUAACAGCUGCCUGAUUUAUGCCCAGCAUAGUUCUAGCUAUUUCUGAUGCGUGCGUGUGAGUGUGUGCAGAAACAAAUAUAAAUUAACUAAUAAUAACUAAAAUAGAUCAGCUUCUUACUCGGUGUGCAACAACACUCCGUAAAUACUAGCUGAGCUGGAAUGAAUGGUUAGAGGUGGGUGGGGAGGAAGGCAUUAUAUGCAUGUUAAGUUCUACAAUAUUGGUGUCGAAACUAAACUGUGGAUCAGUUUACGUUUUGAGCUGAGAGGUGCAAGACAGUAUUUGGUGGCGAUGAUGACUAUGACCUUACUGCAAAUGUUACACUUAAACUACCCUGCAUGUUGGCACUCUUUGAAAAUAGAAACAUCAUAAGCUCCUUAUGCCGGAAGCUUUCCUGUUGGCACCUUUUUCAUUUAAUUAAAUUGGCCCAUUGCAACAGGAAAUAAGUCUUCCAGCAAUUCAGAGGUCUGGCUCUUGUUUUACCAAAAUCUAAUGUCAUAAUCAUGCUGUGUGUUCUUUGCCAAGGGUAGACAUAUUCUGAGGGAGGUGGAGCAGGAACAUUAAGACUGUUUAAUUGUCAUGUUACAUGAAGAUUUUACACUGUAUGUUUAUCGUAUAGGAGCUGAGUGUACUACAAAGGAAAUCAGUGAUGCUUUUUUGGAAGAAAUUAAUCAUUUUGGGCAAUAAUAGCAUUUUACACCACAUGAACAAAGGAAUAGGAAAGUCUGUUCACCUGUAACUGAUCAAAACCGAGACAUUUAAAUGCUUACAUUGUGCUGUUUUUAAUAUUUUAUUAAAAUAUUCUUUUUUUAAGCCCUAAA